AUGCUCGCCCGCCGCCUCGUCGGGCUUGCCACGCGGCAAGCCCCGCUGGUGAGACCCGCCCCCUCCCCCCCCCUAUCGAGAGCAUUUGUCCCGGCUUCGUUUGAACGAGUCACUAACAGCCACCUCGUGCAUGUAGCAGCCGAUACCCUCCCCGCGAAGGGACCUGGCAUCAUCCGCACAUCACUCAAAUACGGCUUCUGGGGCGCCCUAGCAUUCUUGGUCACCUUUGUCUACACAUCCGAUCCCGUCCUCGACUACUUUGGUGAAGUCUUGAGAAUGACCCGAGACCCGAUCCCGGACAGCGAGACGCUGGAGAUGUACGAGCCCGAGAGCCCGGAGGAGCGGGAGAUCGAGGACUACAUCAACGCGCACCCGCUGGCCGCCGAGCUGCGCAGCGACCCGGAGAUGAUCGAGUCCCGGCCGCACCUCAAGAUGCCGGCGCUCUUCCGCCACGCCAACUUCACGGGCAACACGCUCAUGGGCAAAGGCCGGGUCACGGUGCCGCCGGUCGCCUGGGCCGACGCCCACGGCAAGUCGAUCACGACGAUAUCGCACCUGGGGACCGACAUGUGCGGGCACCCGGGCAUCGUGCACGGCGGCUUCCUGGCCACCAUGCUGGACGAGGGGCUGGCGCGGUGCUGCUUCGCGGCGCUGCCGCACAACGUCGGCAUGACGGCCACGCUGACGGUCAACUACAAGGCGCCGGCCAGGGCGGACUCGUACAUCGUGCUCCGGGCGACGACGACCAAGGUCGAGGGGCGCAAGGCCUGGGUCGAGGGCCGGCUGGAGACGCUGCCGGCCGAGGGCGAGCAGCCGGUCGUGAUCGCGACGGCCGAGGGGCUGUUCAUCUCGCCCAAGAACGCCGAGGUGAGUCUUGGCCUGUCAUCACGGCGUGAUAUCUCUCUUGCUGACAAUGGGCGUGCUCAGAAAAUGGCGAAUGUGUACUCGGUCAAAUGA